AUAUCUUAAGCAGAGGUUAAAUUCAUCUAUUCAAAUUUUCAACGUAGGCCAGUAUUUCAUUUUCAUUCAAUACAUUCAAGUAAAUAGAAUAUGUUAAGCAGAGGUCAACUUCAUAUAUUCAAAAUUUCAAAGUGGGCCAGUAUUUCGUUUUCAUUUAAUACAUUCAAAGUAAAUAUCAUCUCACGGGACUUCACAUCUAGCUUUUAUACUUCUCAGUGAAAUCCAGACCCACAAAUACUGUAUUUACAUUGACUCUGGAUGAUCUGAUUUUCCAAAAAAAUGAUGAAGCUUUCUUGGUGCAGCAUUUCGAUUAAGUUGGUAUUUGUUCUUCCUGGAAUUCUUCUUUUAAGCAUGAGCUGUUACUUGGAAUCUGCAGCACAACCUAGUUUCGCAAAUGAAAUGGACUAUUCUGCAUUACUUGAUUUCAAGAAUCUGAUAGUUCAAGAUCCAAACCAAAUAAUGAGCUCCUGGAAUGGUUCAAUACAUUUCUGCAACUGGGUUGGUGUUACCUGCAGUUCAUCUGAUGGACGAAUCAUACUAUUGAACUUGGCAUCUCUUGGCCUAGCUGGGUCUGUAGCACCUUCUAUAGGGAACCUCACAUACCUUACUGAAAUCAACCUUGCAAACAACAGCUUUCAUGGCGAAAUUCCGCAAGAAAUGGGACGUCUGCUGCACCUAGAGAAGGUAAAUAUGAGCCACAAUAACUUGGGUGGAAAUAUUCCAGCUAAUCUUACACAUUGUACAGAAUUAAGGGAAUUUGAUAUGAUGUUCAAUGAGCUUGUGGGGCAGAUCCCUGACCAGCUUAGUACCUUGUCAAAAUUAGUCGUUCUGAAUCUGGGGGGCAAUGACCUUAAUGGAAAUAUCCCAGCUUGGAUAGGUAACUUCUCUUCUCUGCGACGUCUUUUCCUUACAAGGAAUGAUUUCCAAGGAAGUAUACCUGAUGAACUUGGGUAUCUAUCGAACUUGGGCUAUUUACAGCUUUAUGGAAACAAUCUGUCUGGUAUGAUCCCUUCAUCAAUUUAUAAUAUUUCUUCCUUAUACUAUUUCUCUGUUACUCAAAACCAACUGCACGGCCGAUUGCCUCUGGAUGUCGGCCUUACACUUCCUAAGCUGGAGAUACUUGCUGGUGGGGUUAAUAGUUUUACAGGACCUAUACCUGAGUCUUUGUCAAAUGCUUCUGGAUUGCAAGUGCUUGAUUUUGCUGAAAAUGGUCUCACUGGGACAAUUCCAGGAAGCCUAGGAAGCUUGAAAGAUUUAAUUAGGCUUAACUUUGAUGAAAAUAGCCUCAGUGGUGACUUGGGUUUUCUUAGUGAUUUGGCUAAUUGUACUAGUAUUCAGGUAUUGGGUCUUGCGUAUAAUCGUUUUGGAGGAGAAUUGCCUAGCUCCAUAGCAAAUCUUUCAAUUUGGUUAAGUAGAUUAACCAUAGGAGGCAAUGUUCUUCGUGGGAGCAUCCCUGUUGGGAUUGAGAACUUUCUUGACUUGACCCUUUUGGGAUUGGAAAGGAACAAUUUGAGUGGAAGUAUUCCCGAGGUUAUAGGAAAAUUUCAGAAGUUAGAAGGUCUGGAAUUGAAUUAUAACAGAUUUUCAGGGUUAAUUCCAUCCUCUUUUGGUAACUUGACAAAAUUGACAAGGCUUUAUCUGGAUGAGAACAUAUUGGAAGGAAACAUACCUCCAAGUCUUGGAAACUGCACAAGUUUGCAGGAUCUGAAUUUCUCAAGUAACAAGCUUAAUGGCACCAUACCCAAGCAGUUCAUUGGCCUUUCCUCCCUUUCAAUUGCUUUGGACAUGUCUCAUAAUUCUUUGACUGGUUCACUUCCACCUGAAGUGGGCAACUUGAAGAAUCUUGUGGAACUGGACCUAUCCUAUAACAGAUUAUCAGGUCUAAUUCCCAGCGGACUUGGCAGUUGUAUUAGUUUGGAACGUCUGCAGUUGGAUGAUAACGUGUUUAACGGAACGGUACCUCAAUCUUUGGAAACUUUAAAAGGUUUAGUAGAUCUUGACCUUUCACACAAUAGCUUGUCAGGCCAGAUUCCUGAAUUUCUCAUCAAGUUUUCAGCUCUAAGGCAUCUUGAUCUUUCUUACAAUGACUUUGAAGGUGAAGUGCUACAGGUAGGAAUCUUUGCAAAUGCAAGUUCUAUUUCCAUUAAUGGAAAUGAUAAGCUCUGUGGUGGCAUCACAGAAUUGCUACUACAAAAAUGCUCCUGGAAAAGAGAUCGAAAGCGUCUCUCCGCCAAAGUAAUUAUUUUUGCAACUAUUUCAGCCAUCUUUGUAUUUGGUCUUCUAUGUUCUUUAGCCAUAUUUUGUGCUCUAAGAACAAAAAGGAGAAAAUCAACUGCACUUUCCUCUGAAAAAUGGCGGUUAGAUUUAUCUUAUCAAGAACUCAUGAAGUCAACAAAUGGCUUCUCCUUGGAGAAUUUGAUUGGUUCAGGUAGCUUUGGUUCUGUGUUCAAGGGAAUUCUUCCUGGUGAUGGAAAAGCCAUUGCAGUUAAGGUAAUAAACCUUCAACAGCAAGGAGCCUUGAAAAGCUUCAUUGAUGAAUGCAAUGCUUUGAGAAAUAUUCGUCACCGUAACCUUCUGAAAGUCAUUACUGCCUGCUCAAGCAUUGAUCAUCAAGGUAAUGAAUUUAAAGCUCUGGUUUUUGAUUUCAUGCCCAACGGAAAUUUAGACAAGUUGCUGCAUCCAACCCCUUAUGAGCACUGUCAAGCUAUGAAACUGAGCCUUACUCAGAGGUUGAAUAUAGCUGUCGACGUUGCUUCUGCUCUUGAUUACCUCCAUAACGAUUGUGACAUGCCAAUUGUUCACUGUGACCUGAAGCCAAGCAAUGUCCUCCUUGACGAAGAUAUGACUGCACAUAUUGGUGACUUUGGAUUGGCAAGGUUCCUCUCUGAAGCAUCAAAAUAUUCCUCCAAAGAUCAAACCCUCUCAACUGGCGCUGGACUAAAGGGUUCAAUUGGCUACAUCCCUCCAGAGUAUGGCAUGAGCAGCCAUGUUUCCAUACUGGGCGACAUCUACAGCUAUGGGAUACUGUUGCUGGAGAUGUUUACAGGGAAAAGACCAAGUGAUGACAUGUUUACAUAUGGUACAAGCAUUCAAGAGUUUGUCUCUUUGGCUUUGCCUGAACGUGUCAUGGAGCUUGUAGACCCAACAAUGCUCUUUGGGAAAGAAAAUGAUGAUGAAGUGGAAAAUGAAGAUUACUUGGAAGCAGAAGAGACCUGCCUCAGCACCAGAAGUACAAUAGAGGAAUGCUUGGUUUCUGUGAUGAGAAUUGGGCUUUUAUGUUCUGCAACAUUACCAGCAAAUCGGAUGGCCAUGAACAUUGUUGUCAAUAAGUUGCAUGCCAUUAGAGACUCGUUGAUCCAAGAACCAUAUUUGAAGUACAGGAAACCACACACAGGUUAAGGAAAUGGAUUUGUGAUACUCACAAGAUCCUCUGGGAUGUUGUACUUGUACAGUUUGUGUACAGUGGUGAUCCAUCAUAUAUCCCAUGACAACUGAAUCUUAAUAAUACAUACUAUUCCAUAUAUAAUAUAUUGAUAUUUAUGCAUUUCAUCAC